AUGAGACCCCAUUCCUGCCUGGCUGUCCUCGUGCUCUUUGUGAUGAUAAUGCCAAAAGGGAAAGCUGGCGUUAUCCCUGGGGAAAAGCAAUGCAUUUUGUUGAAAGGGAUAUGCAAAGACAUAGCAUGCACGUCCACGGAUGAUACCAUUGGCGAAUGCAAUGAUGAGAAAAAAUGCUGUCGGAAAUGGUGGGUGUUCGAACCCUACCCAACACCCAUUCCUAGAGGAAAAUCUCCUUAG